GGUAGACGCUCUACGAUUUUUUACAGCUGGAGGACAAAUCAAGGAGUUGGUUGGAUGACACUCUCGCUACAUCUGACCACCGGGUUGGACAGUGUGAUGCCGAAGUUACUAUUUUGGGUCGAUAACAAGGCGGUAUCGGCUACGGUGUGGCUUUGCGUCAGGCGUCAAGAUUACGUUGUGCAGUGUUUGACAGUUCUGAUACUGACCGUGGAAAGAAACCAUCAAGUGUUUCCCUAAGUAAACAUUUAAAGCAAAGCACAUACAUUGGACCUGAUGGUUAUACGCUAAAAUUCCCCAUCUAAUGAUUAGCACGCUUUGACAUCCACUAAGACGUCCCGCCUUGUCUGACACGCACGUGGUGGCUAGCAUUUCCACUGCUGUCCCCCAUUCUUGGUUCUCAUCUCUCCCAGCGGUGCCUGUUGGGGCCAGCGCAAACCCAGCACAGCCAUGCCUAAGAGCAGCAAAGUGACGCAACGUGAGCACAGCAAUGAGCACGUCACUGAGUCAGUGGCUGACCUACUGGCCCUCGAGGCUCCCAUGGACUACAAAAGUAGCCAGAUGAGCAUGAACAGGGCCGGGGGAGGCCCACCACCAAGGGGCAAGCAGCCGGACAUUUCCCCUGACCUGGAGGAUGGCCGACCGGCCUGGAACAGCAAGCUGCAGUACAUCCUGGCCCAGGUGGGCUUCUCGGUGGGGCUGGGCAAUGUCUGGCGUUUCCCCUACCUGUGCCAGAAGAACGGAGGAGGUGCAUACCUUGUCCCAUACUUCAUCCUCCUCAUCCUCAUCGGGAUCCCACUCUUUUUCCUGGAGCUGGCUGUGGGUCAGAGGAUCCGCCGAGGGAGCAUUGGAGUGUGGAACUACGUUUGCCCUCGGCUGGGCGGCAUCGGCGUUUCCAGCCUGAUGGUGUGUGGAUUUGUGGGUCUCUACUAUAAUGUGAUCAUUGGCUGGAGCAUCUUCUACUUCUUCCAGUCAUUCCAGUAUCCUCUGCCCUGGAGCGAUUGUCCCAUCAGGAGAAACGGCAGCCAAGCUAUUGUGGAGCCAGAGUGUGAGAAGAGCUCAGCCACCACAUACUUCUGGUACCGUGAGACCCUGAACAUUACCAGCUCUAUUGCUGACAGUGGAGGGCUGAACUUGAGAAUGACCCUGUCACUGCUGGGCGCCUGGGUCAUCGUCUGCCUGGCAGUCAUCAAGGGCAUUCAGUCAUCCGGAAAGGUGAUGUACUUCAGUUCCCUGUUCCCCUACGUGGUGCUCUUCUGCUUCCUGGUACGUGGACUCUUUCUUAAGGGAGCUGUGGAUGGCAUCGCUCACAUGUUCACCCCUAAGUUGGAGAUUAUGCUGGAGCCGCAGGUCUGGCGUGAGGCUGCCACACAGGUCUUUUUCGCUCUGGGCCUGGGUUUCGGUGGGGUGAUUGCUUUCUCCAGCUACAACAAGAGGGACAACAACUGCCAUUUUGAUGCUGUACUGGUCUCCGUCAUCAACUUCCUUACUUCCAUCUUGGCCACGCUGGUGGUAUUUGCUGUGCUUGGAUUCAAGGCCAACAUCAUGAAUGAGAAAUGUGUGGUAGAGAAUGCUGAGAAGAUCUUGGGCUACUUGAACUCAAAUGUCUUGAGUCACGAUCUGAUUCCUCCUCAUGUUAACUUCUCCCACCUGUCUUCAUCUGAUUACACUGAAAUGUAUGAAGUGAUUAAAAUUGUGAGAGAAGACAGUUUCGCUCAGCUAGGCCUGGAACAGUGUCUCCUGGAAGAUGAACUUAAUAAGGCCGUCCAGGGCACUGGUCUGGCCUUCAUUGCUUUCACAGAGGCUAUGACCCAUUUUCCAGCAUCCCCGUUCUGGUCGGUGAUGUUCUUCUUCAUGCUGAUUAAUCUGGGCCUGGGUAGUAUGAUUGGCACUAUGACGGGCAUCACCACACCUAUCCUCGACACCUUUAAAAUACGGAAGGAGAUCCUCACAGUGGCUUGCUGCAUCGUGGCCUUUCUCUGCGGACUGCUCUUCGUCCAGCGCUCGGGGAACUACUUUGUCACCAUGUUUGAUGACUAUUCUGCCGGCCUGCCUCUCACCAUUGUAGUCAUCUUGGAGAAUGUGUCUGUGGCCUGGAUAUAUGGCACCAAGAGGUUCAUGCAGGAUCUUGAGGAUAUGCUGGGCUUCAAACCAUACACAUUUUAUUUCUACCUCUGGAAGUACGUGUCUCCAGUCUGUCUUAUUGUGCUCAUUUCUGCCACUGUUGUGGAGAUGGCCAUUAGUCCACUUGGAUAUAAUGCCUGGGUUCAAGACCUGGCCCUAGAGAGGUUCCAGAGCUACCCUCCAUGGGCAGUGGCCAUGUGCUUCGCCCUCAUUGGAGUAGCCAUGCUUCCUCUGCCCCUCGUCUUCCUCGCUCGCCACUUCAACUGGCUCCCCGACGGCUCCAAUAAGCUGUCCGUUUCCUACCGCAAGAGCCUGACGAAGGACGCCUCCAACCUGGAGGAUGAGACGCGCUUCAUCCUGGGGAAGAAUCCCAGUGAGGCUCCUUCCCCCAUGCCCAGCCACCGGGCCUACCUGGGUCCAGGCAGCACAUCACCAGUGGAGCUCAUCACCAACUCCACCUCUAUCAGCGGCUAUGGCAGCAGCUAUCAGACCAACCCUGCCCCGCCCAAAUCUGAGUCAUGAACAGGCUCCGGCCUCCCCCCAACCUGUCCAGCAGAGACUGAGGCUGAGCUGGAUGCAGUAAGGGAGAGACACGAAGAGGGGGGAAAAAAGGCAAGGACUAGAAGUGAGAAUUGCAGCAUCUGUCACACUUUAACCGAAGCCAUACAAAAGGGAGGGAUGAGGGAUUCAUAACAAAUACAGACAAAACAGAAGGAAAACAAGAAAACUACCUGCCAAGGACCCUGUAAUCACCAGGUCACCAGACCCAGCUCUAACUAGCAUAGGGUACAUUAAUGCCUUGUCUCUCUCCUACCCACCCAUCUGGAUGAAAGCUACUAAGUAUUUCUACUGAUGAGGGGAGGGACAGGGAACACUGCAAUUCCCUGCAAUUCUGAGGCCCACACAACCUGCUGGUGAGUGUUUUACUAUGACUGCCCUGAUCAAUAUUAUUUAUUAAUUUGCCUACAGAUGAAUAUGAAUUAAGCUUACAUCACUGACUUAGCCCUUUAGCACAAUGAUGGAUAAAGCACAGUUUUAAGGCAUUUCAGUAUGGUUUUCUCUGUAAAUCUCCUGCCUGGGUUAAGGUGUGCACAAAAUUGCAGUAACCUAAGAUGAUGUAGUGGUUUGAGGCCCUGGAAGAACCUUCUAGACCUCUUGGUGUCUUUGUUUCCAUAAAUGCAUUUACAGAACUGUUAUUUGUGGGACAAAAGGAAGCACAAAAAAAAAUCUUAUCUAUGGUGUGCCUCUUAAGUGUGAUUUAACCAAGCACAUUAACCAAGUACUUGACCAGGUACCACAACAGUGAAGAAUAUGCUGUAUAUUUAAUGCAGAUUUAAUCAAUAGUGUUUAUUGUAAUUUUUGUCUUUUAUAAGUGUUUACUCCCAUAGAGUGCAUAGGCUCAGCAGUCUAUCCUAAAAUCACACGUUAUUGACCAAGUCUCUCCACUAGAGGGCAAUAUAAGUACAAAACAAAUCCCACAAUACAAACAUCAAUUCAGUAUCAAUGCUUGAUUUUCCUUAGGGUUUCCUUGAAAAGGCAUCACUGCAUUUAUGAAAAUAAUCCUCAAACAAAUAUGUAGAGGUAGACAGUCUUCAUUUAGUUUUAGAAAUUAAACGAAUGCCUGAUGGCAAAGGAGUACAAAAAAAUCACGUUUUUGAGAUGAGUAACAAGAGUUCCACGAGUCUUCACUGAGCACAAUUAUAUAAUUCCCAUAUUAUAACAUAGAUUUAAUAACUUUGCACUAUAAUCAAGUAUACAUAUAGCUUAUGAGAGGAAAAGGGGCUAUUCAUUACCCAUUAGGCCUGGAAGAGAUGCCAAUGCCUGAUGAGCGAUAAUCGUGGUGACACACAACAAAAAAAACAAAAUGCAGAUUGUAUCAUUUUGCAUGGAAAUGAGCUGCCUGAAAAAAAGGCUAACCACCCUACUGUAAAUACGGCAACACGACAUACUCAUUGAAAAAAUAUCUUGUUUUGAAAGUUACAUUCUGAUUAAAAAAAACAAAAAGGUCCUGUAAGAACUACCACACACUUCAGCGCUUUACUUAACUAGCUAGGUGUUUGAUAACAGAAACUGUCGUGAAUAGUGAUAUGUAAGCAGUAAACCACUUAUGAGAACAUUUAGUUAGCUGUGAGAGCACAGGCACAAUUAACUAUUAGGACAAACCAAACCGAUACGAGUGCCUGGGCACUUCACAAAGAUAUUUUCUACUUUUAACAUAUAACAAUGUUAACCAGUAGCCUUAGCAUGAGAAACAAGCUAAUGUUAGACUGCAACAUCACAGUAAAAUGAGAAAUAUGCUACGGAGUGUUAUGUAAAACAUUAACUAGCCAUCUUUAGCGUUCUGGUAUUUGUUAUUUUAUUUAUUUAUCAAAUUAGAUAUUUAAAAAUUAUUAUUAAAUUAUGUUUUAAAAAAUUAACCAAUCAGGGGUAAUUAGCUAGUUGCAUGUCAAGCAGAAAUACUAGGCAUUAACAAGGUUUUGAAUUAUUUGGAAGUUCCCUAGGUUAGCUAGCUAGGCCUCCAUCCACCUUUGAAAAGCCGCUCCAAUUUAUAUUCUUGUUUUUGUCUAGUCUAAUUCUGUGUAAACUCGCUUUUCUUCAUUUGUCAUCCGUCAUUGUCGUGUAAACUGUUGCUGAUUAAAUAAGGAAUGAGCAGCUGUUGUGGUGUUUUUUUGCUGGUGGCUCCCGAAACCGUUCACUCUUGGCGCUUUCCGAGUGACCUCACGCGCUCACACGCGCAGUGAUUGACACUCCUCCUGGCUCUGAUUAGUUGCUUUGAUAUGGAAGCGGUGGGUGUCGUUGGGAGCUCAAGGUGGAGCUAGUAGAGCUUGAUUUUUUUAUUUUUUUGGACAGUUUAUCUGUCUCGUGUACUGCUGUCAGAGCAGUGACAGUUUAAGUAAAUAUGACAAACUUAUUUUUAUACGGGUUACCUAUGACAGCUUUAAGGACCAGACAUUAUUUCGGAAGUCGUUUAUGUUUUCUGACUUUGUGCACACACAUAACAGGCAGAGGCAGGGAAUAAGCAGGUAUCGACAAUGACGGAAACCUUUGCCCCGGCCUCUGUGCGCUCUUCCCCGUGUAAAUGUGCACCUCACGCCGUUCCCCUGGUCGACUGGUCGCUGUGCAGCCCGUCGGUACUCUCUGUUUGCUCCCGCGACUGUCACGAUGAUGACUCGCGGUAUAAAAAUAGACUUGGGCUGCUCGGUGCGAGGCAGCGGUUACACGGGUGAACCCGCGUCCCAGACAGUGCGACUACAUGCUAACGGAGGCACAUCGAGUGAGGCGGAGGGCGGGUUGCAGUUCUCUGCAUGGAUGCGCUGUUUACCGUCGGUUUGUGGAUCCCCCUGGCGACAAAGUGCGCUGUGUCUACGGUGUCAAAACAUGUAGGGGGCUUCCACGAUUCAUCAAACGCAGAUACUUCACGAUGCUACCGGUAUUACGUUUUCACACGGUUCUGCUCUCUCGACUGUGUGACGUGUUACAUAGACGGCAUGAGUUAGCAUAAAUCAGAUAAGGUGAGGUUGAAUUAUUUCAGUCUAACUUUUCUUUGAAUAAAAAUAUUAAGAACACAGCUCUUCGUUGACAUUAGGCCAAGCACUUAGGCCGAGGCUUGUUGAUGUUUCAUUUGAAAUUUCAUUGCAACCACUGUGUGUCGCUGUCUGCCAACGAAAGGUAGUUUGAAGGCGUGUCUGCCUCCUUUAACUCUUCCGCAGCGUCUCCAAAAAUGUCAGUGGACCGGCCCCUGACCCAUAUUCCAAUCUCCCUUGCCACAGCUGCAAGGUAGAGCCUAUAAUCAUUUCUGUAACACUGUCUUGAUAUUUAGUCUCUGUGUAUGCCUUUUGUUGCCCAUUCAGACAUAGCAUAUUCACUUUAACCCUGUUGUAGUCGAGGUCCCAGAUUUGCUUGUUGCAAGCACAUCCCUGAUGGAGGGACACUGUUUGAAAAGCACUCAGCUGCUCAACUGAUUAAUGAGGAGGGCCAAACAGAGUGAGUGUGACAGGGAGGUGAAGGCCUCCUAUUCAAAUUUCCGUUGUGGACACCAUAGACCUGCUCCCCUACCUUCAGUUUAGACAUUACAAAUAUUUACAGCUCUGUGACAAAUGAGAGCUGCACAAACAGAGAAGAACAAAGAGGUUCAAGCACUCAAGCACACAAACACACAUACAUACACACACGCACAAUGAACUGCUAAGGGGAGGUCCAAGUACACACACAUACAUACAUACAUACAUUCACACAACGAACUGUUAAUGGGAGGUCCAAGCACCCACACACACACACUCACUCACACAUUCACAUAUGAACUGCUAUGGAGAGGUCCAAACACACACCACAAAGCAAAACAAAAAACAGUGAGAUACAUUGACACCUAAUUCUAAGUACAAGUUAAUUAAACAACUUCUAGGCUAUAAUAUUUGUUACCAUUAUGUUCUAAUGUGUGAUAUCUUCAGUUAGAACACUGGAUGCUAAUGCUUGAAAAUACAGUAAUUUUCCCAAACAGAAUUUUGCUGAUCUCUCAUUACAUCUCUCUGUACAUUUGGACUCUUGAAAAUAUUUACAAUUUUAGAGCACCGAAACCUUGCCUGAUAACAUCAUAAGGCAUCAAAAGUUAGAACAUUAUUCUAAUGCAUUAAGAUGCUUUGCAAUCAGAUUGAUACUGAGAAGAGUUAAUCAAUCUACAGGUGUAUAGAAGCCAUUGUUUAUUCAUGAGGAAGUAAUAUAUCCUGUUAUGAGGAAAGCAUGUUACAGUGUGUGACAAAUGGAAAACAAUCACAUAUACUUUGUAAUUGCACACCAUAUGAGCUGUGUCUGUACAGAGCCUGUGUGUGUGUGUGUGUACGUGUACUGGGGGAGGGUAAGCGCUUCAUUUAGGGUUAUGACUCAUUAAGACAAUCCAAAAUUGACCAAAUAUUUAUAUUCAGUUCCUUUUAGCUGCUUGCUGAAAAUCUCACUGCAGCAUAAUGCAGCACACUGUGAGCGUUAGGUGGUAUAACUAAGUUGGCUUAACAAGGCUCAAUUGGAUUUGCUUAAAACUAUUAAAGUAAUUGCAACUCUGGGGCCUCUGAUCAUGUUUACUAGAUCUCACAAGUAGAAUAAAUGAAUCCAGUUCUAGCUUGCUUUAUUUUCAUGAAAUGCAAUACAUGCAUUUUGUAUCAUAUUCUAGUGGUGUUGAGGCCAUGGUAUUUGUGAGCAAAUUACUAUAAUUUAUAUGUAUGUAAAUUGUGAUUCAAAAUAUAAUAACUGUAAAUAUUGGUGUAAAUUUUGUUAAAUUACUUUGAGCAGUAUAUAUGACUGUAUACAAACAGGUGUAUUACUGUAUCACUGAGUAUGUAUGAUGUACAUUAUAAACAUAGAAUAUCUAUUUUGUACAUGUCUGUGUACAGCGUAUGUGUUGUGUGUGAUGACUGUGUCUAAUGUGUCAAAAAUGUGUGUUGGAAAAUGCAGGGUGGUGUUUCAUUUUCUUUUUAAGUUUGAUGUGAAUACUGAUGUUUUCAGUGGUUCUUCCCUGUUAAAGGGCCUCAGGACCAUGACCUGUCUGUGCUAAAUGUGCUCUGGACUUCGUCAUGUUACAUAGAAUGUUAAUUCAUUUUUUUUUUAAAGUAAGCUUUCUUUGUAAAUGUUGAUUUAAUAGUUGAUGUAGAUGUCAACAUAUCAUUUAUUGCCAGCUGCACCUUUUGUACUUCAUUCUGUGUGCGGUAUCUGCAAUAUUAUUGUUUGCUGCUGACAGAUUUUGUGAAAAUUCGAAAAACUUCAUGCAUUUCUUAGUUUAAAGUGAUAAUGUUGAGUGUGUUGGUUAUCAUUGCUAUGAUUUUGCAGUAAAGUUUUAGCUGAAGUGGCACAUAAUGUGCUAAUAUAAACAACAUUGGAAAAUAAAUCAAUUAUUUAGUAA